GUCUCCCUAACUCAGAAAGAAAACAGCCCUGAAACGCGAAAGUACGUUCGCGUCGGACGUAGUUAAAAGAAAAUAAAGGGGAAGAUAUAUUCUAGGAAUUGGAAUAAAUAUGUGAUGUGUGAGAGAGUGUGCGUGUGUGUCUGUGGGAAUAAAACAAAAAUAAAAUCGGAAAAAGUUAGCCCAAAAUUAAGUGGAAAAGAAAGCAAAUCAUAAAUGAAAAUUACACAAAUUCGAAUUGAAAUCAGUUAAAUUGGGUCCACAUCAGUGUCUUGUAUACGAAUAUGAAAUAAAUCCGAUGCGACGAUAUUGAGCGCAAGUGAUACAGGAUUUUUCGAGUUGUGUGUAUCGUGAAAAGGGGAACAGUAGCAGUUCUUUUGAAAGCAGCAGCGCCUCCUCUGUAGAGAGGAAGAUUUACUUCAAAUGAGGAUGGCAGCGACGGCUGCCGUCUACAACCGACUCCACAAUACCAGUGUGGGAGUGGUUGGGGGCGGUGGCGGCACUUCUGGGUCUGGCGGAGGCAGUGGUACUGCAUCCGGUGGACACCAUCAUCAGUUGGCACGUUCUCUGGAACGCAUACUUGAGGAGGCUCAUCUAAGUGGAGAAUUGAUUCUGACCAACAGAAAGUUGAAGGAUUUCCCUAAAACAGGAACUAAAUUCAAUCUGAGUGACACGGUCAUUGCUGAUCUAUCACGUAAUCGGUUUUGCGAAUUACCCGAAGAGAUAACGACAUUUUCAUUUCUGGAAACAUUGCUGCUGUAUCACAACACCAUACGCAGUAUACCCGAAUCGGUGAAACAUUUAACGUCGUUAACAUAUUUGGAUUUGCGUAGCAAUCAGUUGUCAUCAUUGCCACGCGAAUUAUGCUUCCUGCCACUGCAAGUAUUGCUCGUAUCGAACAAUCGCUUGACAGCCCUACCCGAUGAAUUGGGUCGCAUGGAUCGUCUGACUGAUUUGGAUGCGUCGUAUAAUCAGCUGACAACGCUGCCGGCACGCAUUGGAGAACUGCGAUCGCUGCGAUCGUUUUCGCUGCGCAGCAAUCAGUUAAUGUAUUUACCUCGAGAAUUAACUUGUCUCACAUUGGUUUCAUUAGAUGUAUCCAAUAAUCGCAUUUCUAGUCUACCUCUUGAAAUUCGCCAGAUGUCGACACUGGUCGAAAUAAAUCUAGAAAAUAAUCCUAUGACUUCACCGCCAGCUAGUCUAUGUGUUCGUGGUCUUGUUCAUGUUUUUAAAUAUCUGGAGACUCAGGCUACCAAAGACGAGAAAGGCUCACGGGCAGGCGGUAACUACGAUGGGUACACAACUCUCAGGCGAGCACCCCGUAAUCAAGCGGGCGGAAAUGUUGUUGAUACUCAUCGCAUUGGAAGACACCAUGUGGAUUCCGGUUAUAGUACAUGUGAUGGCAUUGAUAAAAGAUGGUCGCAUGAUAUGCCCAUUAAAUCAAAAGCUGAUUCGCCGAAAAUAUUGACACCCACUACACCGCCUUUGGCCAAGGCGACAUUAGUUACCCCAGAUUUCAUGGAUUCAUCGUUAACUUCGAGCACAAGUACUAUAGUGGAUGAGUCGCUUAGCAUUACAGCAGCCGUGGUAAAACCUUUGAAUAUGGAAUGUCAGUCAUCUACUGAGAAUUUAGUGAGUUCUCCACAUAAACAUAACAAAGAAGACAACAGUAUGGGGAAUAAUGUUUCACAGCAAUUGCAUAAUAGCUACCAUAGCCACAAUGUCUCAGGCUCCAGUAAUGGUUCCACUCCAGAUCUCGACGAUGGUAUGAUCGAUCAUCAUGAACAACAACAAAUGUCACAAACAAAUUCUAAACAUGAUGAUAAAUUUAACAAGAAUUUAGGGAAUGUACAAACCUAUAGAGAAUAUAAAGAAGCUCUUAAACAACAACGCAGUCAGGAAGUUUAUAAAAUCAAAGAACAAAAACAUACCGGGGAGUCUAAUGAACAACAACAACAGCAGCAGCAUCAUCAUCCUCAUCAACAACAACAGCAAACAACUAAUGCUGCCCUUGUGCCCCCAAAUAAUCAGAAUCCAAUCAAUGAGGAGAUGGAAAUUCGGUUAAAUGGGAAUACGCAAUGCGCUCCAGUGCCAAAAUCCAUAAUGAAAAAUAGUGCCAACAACACAAACGGUUUAUCCAACUCUGUAGCCACAACGAAUGGCGAUGAUAUUGUAGUCAUACCAAAGAAACCCAUACAAAAAGUUAUACCCUCUAGGAAUACAGAACUGAUGUCAGCGACAACAAAGAACGAAUUAUCGACACCGAAUAACACCAAUGGCGAUUGCAUUGGCUAUGUAAAGCCAAGUAGCCCUAUGAAAAUGGCCAAUGGUACUUCAAAUGGGAGUAUAAACACGGCCACAGUGUCUGGCGUGGGAGUGGGCAUUUUAACGAAUAAUAACAAAUUUACAACGACGUCUGCAGGAGGUGGUAUUAGCAGCAGUAACAAUAAAUUGGUAGCAACGGGAAAGCCACAUCGAACUGUUACUUGGAAUCAUGAUAUACCGCCAGAGAAGUUAAGUUUCACCAUGCGUCGGGAGUUUGAUCGUCAGCGGGAGGAGAUUGAAUUAAUGACUCAACUACGAAGUAUUAUUGAGACCCGUUUGAAAAUGACACUACCCGAGGACAUUGCAUCGGCAUUAACAGAUGGUGUUAUUUUAUGUCAUUUAGCAAAUUAUGUACGACCUCGUUCGGUGGCCAGCAUUCACGUUCCCUCGCCAGGAGUAUCGAAAUUAACAAUGGCUCGUUGUCGUCGAAAUGUAGACAAUUUUCUGGAAGCCUGUCGUAAAAUUGGUGUAGAUGAGGAGUUGAUUUGCUCCUGUGCGGAUGUUGUACCCCUCUCUGACAAUGGUGUUGAUGAUGACGACGGAGUUAAUGGCGGUAAUUAUGACGUGGACGACCAACCUAGUGACAGCAACAUGCGAAAGAAAAUUCUUAAGGAAAAUAAUAACCACAAUGAUCUCCAUUUUUCAAUCAAUGACCAACAACGACAGAAGGUAGUACAGCCACAGUGCAAAGAACUACCAAAUCUCACUGCUGUAUUAAAGACAGUAGCUGCUCUGAUUGCUUUGGAUGUGAAUCCUCAUCAUCAGAAUGUUACGAAUUUGCAACAACAACAUGACUUUCAAGUCAAACUCCAACAAUAUGAAAAGAAACAACAAAAACUAAAACUAGAAAAGGAAGAUAAACGUCGUUGCAUUCUCUUGGAGGAGGACGAACGUGAAGAGGAAGAAGAGAAGGAAAUGAGAAUGCUGCAACAACAGAAGGGCAAACAGCAGCAGCAGCCAGAAGAGCAAAAACAAUUUUCUGCAACUUGCACCAAAGAACAGAUGAUGAGGGAAUUUGAAAAAUCCAAUUUUGAACAUUUGAAUCGUUACGAUAGUAACAGAAAUGUUGAUGAUCAUGAUCAUGGUGGACAUCAUGAUUAUAAAGUGUACCAUGACAAUGAGAAGCAGCAGCAGCAACCGCAGCAGCUACGCCAGUUAAAAGUCAAUACAUCUCUUGGCAACUUUUAUCGUCACUGCAAAUUGAAAACGUUUCAAAAAAUCAAACUGAACCUCAUUACACACCAUGGCAAUGCGACAGAUAGUUUCGGAAGUUCAUCGGAAUUGAAUGCAACAACUACAUUGCAAACAAUUGUUGAAACCGAUAACGACGUUAUAUCUGGUAUCGGUGGCAGUUACGCGACGGGAACUUCCUCCAACUCAACCGGUCUAUACCAAAUCGUGGAUGAAAAAUACAAUAAUGAAUUGUCACUAAAGGUCAUUAGUUCCUUGAAUGAGAUGUCAGGAUCAUCCCAGCAGACUCCUAAUAAAUAUCAACUAUUGGAAUUGCCUUCCGCGGAGAAAAAUAUUGGCGAAAAGCCAUCCCUUGCUACAGUCACUUCGGUGUCCAAACGUAUUGAGUUCUUCGAACAUGCCAAUAUACCAAAUGGUGGUAUAAUCAAACCAAAAUCAAAUAUCUACAGUAUUUAUCGUGUCAACGAAGCAGCCGUUGAAUCCGAAGAGAAGUUACUAACCAAAGAUGUUCUGCUGAAAGAGAAGCAAGCUGGUUCUUCCAUAUUUAUGCUGAGACAUGAUUCGCAUACCUUAACCAUAAUUUUGUCAUGUGUUUUUAUUGUGACAUUUUUGUUGUUGAUUUUCUUCCCACUGCCGGGAUAAGUAAGGGGACUUGUUCAGGGAUUGAGUGACGGACGUAAUCCCUGAUAAAAAUAUCCUUACCACUACAUUUAUUUAGCCGUUGCAUUGCCAUUUUAGCUUAAUGCCAACUACAUAAAGAGAUAUGAUUUUUAAAUCAUACACAAGCGAAUAUGUGUAGUAUUAUUUUUACAGAAUUAAUUAAUGCGCUGCUUUUAUUCAUUCUCUAUCAAUGAGUCAAAUAUACAAUAAUUAAAUAUUUAUUAGAGGCUGCUUCCAUUUUUAAGCAAAGUACUUAAACAAUUUAUAAUGAUUACCAAAAGAAAGAGGAAGAAAAAAACUUCAACAAUUUUAGUAAGUGAAUAACGAAUUUUAUUAAAGAAUAAUUUAUUCGAUUUCAGUAUUUAAGUAUUUAAUCCGUAGUUUUUAGGUAAUUACUUCAUCAAUGAACAGAAGACACAAAACACAUAUACACUAACUUAUACACGAAUGCAUUUAUACAAAAGAACAAGAUAUAAUAACACACAACUAUAUACACAUAUAUACUAAACCCAAAGACUUGAACUGAAUUAUAUAAAUAAAACAAAUAUUCCAUUUAAUAAUUUCCUUAAAAUAGUUUCACCAAUGAAACUCUAAAAAGAAAACGAUAACAAAAACUAACAAUUUUUACCUUUUAUAUCCCACUUAUCCAACUCUUUGGUUCAGUAUUAGAAAAAUAAAUGUUAUAGGAGCUUAUUGCAAGUUUUUGAACUAGUACGCAUUUUAUUUAAAAAUGCAUCAAAAAAUAAUACAUUCCAGGACAUUAUUGUUGUUCUAUGAAAUAAAAACUUUUGCAAAGAAAAAAUACCAAAUAAAAUAUUUGUUAAAGAAAAUGUUUAUUUUUCAUUUCGAGGAUUUAUAGAACAACACCCAUGUCUCUGGAGUGGAAAAAAAUUUUAGUUUUUUUGGUAACUUUAAUAUUUGAAAUUUUGUAAAUCUCCAUUGUAUUAAUUUAUUUAUUAUAUUUUAAUAUAUUUUUUUUCAUUGACAAAUUUAAAGUGUAACGUUAAUCUCGUCUACUCUCGUCUACAAACGAAUGAAUCUGAUUUUUUAAACCAACCAUAUAAUUGUAUACUGAAUUUAGUUACAAACAUAGAAUAUACCAAAUUUAUAUUAAACAAAUUAGCCCGUACGAUAACGUAUUACUCUCUGUUUUAAACUUCCUUUAGAUUGAAAUGAAUAGGAAUGAAAUGAUCAAAAAGAAGGUUUAACUAAAACAAGCAGGGAAAGAGUUUACUAGAAUAAUAAGUAGCUGAUGCCAAGGACUAAAGAAACAAUAUUUAAAUGGAAUCAUAUUGAAAUUAGUUUUCAUUUCUAUUGCACCAAAUUAUAUAUUUAGAUAUGAAUAGAUAUGUAACGCAUACAACAAGAAAAACAGCAAAAAAGCAACAGAGUAACAAUCUGAAAAUAUUCGAAUACAGUGCCUUAAUAUUGAAAGUUGUUAGUGGACACAGUCAUGCAUUUUAUCGUGAACGCCAUGACCUGUGAACAUUCUAAAAAAGAGUGAUGCAAACAAUUGGAACCUUGAAUAUGUGUUAACUUGUAUUUGCCAAAUAGAACUUCCCCUUCGGAAUCUCAUCAAUAUGAUUUCAUAGCUAAUAACCAACACAUACAUACAAAUAUAUUUUUAUAUGACAACAGAAUAUAAUACACGAACUACUAACAUUCCUUUAAUUUCUUAGAAAAGAAAAACAAAUAUUAAAAUCAAACAAAUAUCUUUAAGAGGACUAGAUUUAGCUUUUAAUAGAAUAUAACAAAAAGAAAAGAAAAACGAAAAGCAGCUAAAACCAGAACCAAUUUUGUUCUAUUGAAUUUUAAAAUGGCACUUUUCAUAUUAUCCAUACACUAUAUAUAGAUAUUUAUUAGAUACAUAUGUAUAUUUUAUGAAGCAACAAUUUUGGGAUAAACACACUUUUCCAUUUGUAUGUAUUUAUAAGGAAAUUGAUUAUACCACAAUUUAUACAAAUUGUAAUUUGCAAUGCAAUUUUGACUCGCGAAAAUUUUGGCAAACACUAUAUACGAAAAAAAAAUUAAUGUAAAUUGUCAGAUUUUUGAAAGGCCCAAAGUGUAUCGUAGCCUUUCCUAUACUGACAAUGAUUUUUCUUCUACAAGUCUUUUGUUAAUUGCAGAGGGUAUUUAUCUGCUUUAUUUAUAUAAAAUAAAAAAAAAAAACACGAAAACAAUGUAUUGGCAAUACAAUAUACAUGUAUGCAUUUAAUACACAAUAUAGUAGAUAGUAUUAUAAACAUGCCCAACCAAAAAAAAAAAGUUUGUACCUCUGUAGUACACUUGCAUUUAUUUGUUUAACACGCUAAUAAUUAAUGCAUUGAAACACAAACACACUUACGAAAAAAAAAAAAAACAAUUAUAUUUAUUCCAUAAACGAAAUGUUCUGUAUGACAAGUAAUUAAUAUAUGAACUAAUUUUGAUACUAAAUAUAUGAAUAAAACAAAAAAUAUAUAUAA